GGGGGUGCUGUCCGGUCAGGUUCAGAGGAGAUGGGUCCUGGGCUGUUCCAGAAGAUUGGCCCCCUGGUGGCUGACUGGGAGAACUACCUCAGGGGCAUUGCUGAGGAGCUGGACACACAGACACAUGGACAGACAGAGGGACUGACAGAAGGACAGACACACGGCUCCAAACCACUGAGCCAAGAAGGGAGUCUUUUCCUCCAGGCAGAGGACCCCUCUCUCCGUCAGUUGGAGGGGAAGUACCAGACCAUGAUCUGGGCCUUACGCUCCAAACUGGACUCCAGACUCACUCCUCCAAUCCUGCACCUGGAUACAGCCCUCCUACAGGAAGACUCUUCCCACAUUCCUGUUUUUCCCACCGGAGAGUCACCCACCUCAUUCCCCCCUCUGGAAUCUCAGGGGUCGGAAUCUCUCUUCACUGCCCUCAUCAGUGAAAUACGGAAAUUUGGGACACAGAAAGAAAUUACUACAGAAGAUGCAGAACUUAGUGUAACGUCUUUGGAGGAGGACACGUUUUCUACUGUCAGUUCAGUAGACCCUUCAGAUUGGCUUGACAAAGCUGUGACAGAACAGACAACGUUACAGCGGCUAUUCCUGUCUUUGUCCACUGUCAGCAGCGUUGCUCUGUCUCCCAUAGCAACAACCUCUGACGCCAGACAGACUCUACUUCCUGGUUCUCCCUCCCUCCGGCUUUCCCUCGACCACAGGAGACACAGGAGUCUCCGCAAGAGGCAGAUACCUGGGGUUAACGCUUGUCCAGGAGUAGCAGAGCCUACCCAGCAUGUAAGUGGAAUCAGAGACACGUACAAGUGGGUCCUGGGCAUCCCCACCAAGAACCUCCACAUGAACUUCCACGAGGUGCUAGUAGACCUGAGCUCUAAGAACGAUCGGGGUCUGUACGAGGCACGGGUCAAGGCGGUGGUGGGGGGUCGACCUCUGACCUUUUACAGCCUGGUGGGUCUGGAGAAUGAGUCCUUCUACCGUAGCAUGCCGCGCAUCAUCGCUCUGGCGCUGGACGCACUCAAAACGUAAACACUAUCAACAACAACAACAGAACAAACACACGUCAAUGACUCAGUGAAGACAUGGUCUAGAGUCAGCUUGUGGCGGCAGAGACCAGAGACAUUAUGUUUUGGGGAAAUGAACCCCAGAAGUGACCAGGAAACUGGAGACUGGAGACUACUCAUUCAGAUGGGAAGAGAGAGGGCAGGCGGUGGGCAUUCUAGGAGACCUGAACAUAAUACACACACAUGGACGCAAGUGCACACACAUACAUGCACACGCACACACACACACACACACACAGAGCUGCCUUAUCUGUGUCAGUAUAUCACCUGUGAUUCUCUCAAAGCAGCUCUGCUUGUACUCUCUGAAGAACACAGACAGGAGAGGGACAUUAUGGUAUGACAUAAUUUCACUCCACUGGAGAGUCUGACCUCUGACCUCUGACCUCUAUCUGUACACACAACCUUGAAUAUAUUGGACCAUCCUGCCUAGCAACCGUUCAUGGAGAUAGCUUGUUGUUCUCCAUGGCUGGCGUAAUGCAGUGAGACGCAGCCCAUUCUAAGUUAUGAGCCUGUAUAAAGAAAUAAGUUAUUCAAAAAUGUCUGUCUUUUCAAAAGGUUGAGCGUCUUGUGAAGCAUUGAUUGUACAUGCUGUAUGUUGGUAUCUUCAUUUUUGCUAUAUUUAUUUGUAUAGAGAGACACGCUUCGCAUUUUUGUAGUAAAAUCUCAGUAACAUUAUUAUCCUAUCUUGUGUGCUUGGUGAUACAAUAUAUUGUAUGGUAAUGUGAACUGCACAGCAGUGAACGCUUGUCCUUGUUUCA